AUGGAUCCAAAGGCGACAAUCACAAAUGAGGGAGCACCUUCAGAAGCAGGGAGUGUGGCAAACACAGUCAAUUCGGCCACGGUAAAGCCGACAAAACUUCAAUUGCCAGCAAGCUGUGACCCGCCACCGUCUCAAGGUCCAACUAAGGAGCUUGUUUGGAUUGUGUUCGGGGGCACCGGCCACAUGGGCCGAUCGCUCGUCAAGUGCGCAUUAUCGCACGGCGACAGCGUCACCACCGUCGGGAAGAGGUUUGAGUCCACUCCCGAGGACAUGGUGCAGCAGCAUGACAGGUGUAUGGGAGCUCUCUGUGACGUGCGCAUCCGCGAAACCGUUGAACGCGUUGUCGAGAAGACAAUCGAGCGUUUUGGCCGCGUGGACGUCAUCGCAAACUGCUCCGGGUACGGUGUCAUUGGGGCCUGCGAGGACCAGGAUGAACAUGAAAUUCGCAAUCAGUUCGAGACCAACUUCAUGGGAACUCUUCACAUAAUCCAGGCAAGCUUGCCUUACUUUCGCCAGCAGGCUGCCGGUCGGUACUUGAUCUUUAGCUCUACUGCUGGUGCCCUGGGUGUGCCGGGGCUGGGCCCCUAUUGCUCGACCAAGUAUGCCGUCGAGGGCCUGAUCGAAGCGAUGCUCUACGAGAUUGACUCAUUCAAUUUGAAAGCCACCUUGGUCGAGCCGGGCCUCGUGAGGCGCGAUGAGCCGGACUCACAAACAAACCCGCUUCCUACUUGGGGCCAUUUUUUGAUCCGUCCGGCAAGCGAUCCGUAUCUGGAUCCAACAUCACCGGCGCUCCAUGCGAUGCGAAUGGUGCAGUGGCUCGGAGACAGACAACCCACAAGCGCCGUCAAGUGCGCCGAACUGGUAUGGCAACUGGGUCACUGCUCAUACCCACCACUGCGGCUACUUCUUGGAAACUAUGCAAUAGAGAGUAUUCGCGACCGGUUGCGGUCGGUGACGGAGGAGCUCGAGGAUUGGAAGCACCUCAACUUCCCAGCACCACCUGACGCUCCGGACAUGCAAGAGAAUGACCAUGAAAAGAACGAAAGGACUGACACAGAUAAGGAUGGUGAUAAGGCCGGAGGGAGUAUGGAAGAGAAGAUGGAUGAUGCGGUGGAGGAUCGACUUGAUGCGAUGGACGAGGAGAUGGGAGACUUCCCUGGUUAG